CCCCACUCCAAGAGCUUCACUCUAGAGGUGGAAAGCGAGCUCGGAGGGUUGGUCGACGUGGCACCAAGGGACCCAACCCCCCCUGUAUUUACCAACAACAGGCGUCUACUUCCCAACACUGUACCGUCCUAACACACGGACUCGCUCAGAGAAAAUCUCUCCUCUACCUCGACAAAUAAAUGCCAAGAGAAACAACACGAGAGCCAGCAGAUAACGUAGCUCUGAAGAAGUGGAGCAAAAGACCAACAGUCGGACAAACACGUAGAGAAAAACCGCAAAAGCGAAAGGAUCGUCGCCGCUGCCUUUCUCAAUGCAUACCCUUUGUGCCCGGGGAACGAUGAAACCAGAGAUCAACGCCGCCGUCGGAUUUCUCUCGAGGUUUCUUCGGGUAAAAGGACACGUAAACGAUCGACAAGUCCAAACAUUCAACCAAAGCUUACAGGACAUUUUGUCAGAGCAAUAUAAGCACCACUGGUUCCCAGACAGGCCAUGCAAGGGUUCAGGUUACAGAUGCAUCCGUAUCAACCACAAGAUGGACCCACUGGUGGGCCAGGCAGGCCAGCGCAUCGGCUUGACCAUCCAGCAACUCUACCUGCUGCUGCCCAGUGAGCUCACGCUUUGGGUGGACCCCUUCGAGGUGUCCUACCGUAUCGGCGAGGAUGGCUCCAUCUGCGUCCUGUACGAGUCGCAGCCCUGCCCCGUAGGAAUGCCGUCGAUGGCCACCACCAGUUCCCCCUCAGGAAACAUCGGGUCAGGGGGCCCCAUGGUGGACAGUCACAUCAGCUGCAAGGAGGAACUGAUGGUGCUGGGCAGAUCCAGUCCCUCCAAAGCCUACAAUAUGAUGACUGUGUCCAGUUAAAGGGGCACGCCGUCACCCCGGCCUGCUUUUGUUCAGGGUCACACCAUGGCUGGUUGGGUCAUAUGACCAGAUCAGGGUGUGCCUUCUGAAGCUAAGAAUAUGAAAUGAAAUAGUGAAAGAAGAGAAAAAAAAAAAUGAA